UUUAGGAUGCCAUCUAAACACGAAAAAAAUCGUAAGAGAGAUUUAGAUACUGAUACCUCCAUUGAAGAAGACAGAGAAGAAAGUCGUCGACAUCGUCGUUCAAGAUCGCGUUCACCCAAAAAGUCGAAGAGACGUAAGGAAGACGAUUCCUCUCCGUCAAAAAAUGAAGAGUCAAUGUCAAUUGAAGAAACAAACAAAUUGAGGGCUAAACUUGGACUAGCACCUUUGGAUUUGGAUGAUAAAACAAACACGGAACCCGUGGAGAAGGAGGAUGGAAGUGGGGAAAAGGUAUUUACCGAAGACGGCGUAGAAAUAGUGCACAAACCCUCACGAAAUUGGUCAGAAGAAAAACGUCAAAAAGAGCUCAAAGAAAAAUUGGAAAACAAAAAGCGUCAAAGGGAUUUACAUUCAAAAGUGUUAAAAUCAAAGAAUUUGGCUGAGGAAGAAGACGAAGAAAUUGAAAACACAAAAAAAUGGAUUGAAAGAUCGAGAAGGAUUGAGGAAGAAAUGAAAAAAGCUAAAGAAAAGGAAAAAGAAUUGGAAGAGAUGGAUGAGUCUUUUGGAAUUGGGGCUUUGCUUAAAGAGGAACAAUUGAAAAAACUGAAGAAAAAAAGAGGAGGAAAUGUGGAGACGGAACCCUCUUCUGGUGGAUUAAUUGUUGGGCAUUCUGUUCAAGACUUUCAAGAAGGAAGAGAAACAAUUUUAGUUUUGCAGGACAAAAGUUUACUUCUCGACGGGGAAGACGCCGACGAAGAAAUUUUAAUAAAUCCAAAUAUGGUAGAAAAUGAAAGGACAAAAUUAAAUGUUGAGAGAAGAAAGAAAAAAGCAACACAUUACCAAGCUUAUGAAGAAGAACAAAUUGAUGAAUUUGGACAAAUUAAAAGGAAAGAAAUUUUGGAUAAAUAUAAUGAGGGAAUGGAUGGGGAAAAUAAAAAGAAGGAAACUUUUCGAUUAGGUUUGUUUGAAUAAUUUUUUGGUUAGGGGACUAUAAGAAUGAGGGGGCUCUAUGACAUUGAAUUUUUUGAGCGUGAUUUUUGGUUUAGGGGACUUAAAGGGUUAGAGGGGGUUCUACGUCAUGCUUUUUUGCUUUCAAAAGCUGCUUAACUGAAGCCCAGAAACCCUAUUUAUUUUUAGAAUCGCCACAAACAGGAAUAUUGAAUCUUUUUUAGGGUUAUCAGGGUCGGGGACGGCUUUGCGUGGUUUUUCUUUAAAAUGUCUCUUGUUUUAUAAGACUAUAAGGGUUAGGGGGGUUCUACGCCAUACUUUCUUGAUUUCGAGACUGAUUGAUUUAACUCCGG